AUGCAGCGACCUGCAGCGGAUAGUGUGGACAACGGAGAUGACGUCGACUGCGAUUGGCCGGUGUGCGAAAAUGUGUUGCGAUCGUUGUCCGAAGACGUGCGGCCAACGGCGGCGGCGGUGUCGGUGGACCAUGACGCGGUGGCCUCCAACGUCCGGCUGUGUCUGGCCGAACGGGUUGCGCCGGCUGCCGAUACGAUGCGGGGGCUGCGGUUGAGGUGUCUACUUCGGCGGUGGUCGGCAAACGGUGGCGGAGCGGUCACGGCGGCGGUGGCCGAGUCCAGACGGAUGCAAGUUCGCCUGAUGACCGUGCCGUCAGCGUACGAGGCGGACGGCGAGUACUACGCGUCCGAAACGGCGUACGUGUCGCGUACGGUGGAAGAAUUGACGUCGGAACCAUGGGCGACGGAACCGCGGGUCAACGGCUACACGUACACCGCGGGCACGGUGCACUACGACAGCGAUACGGGUGCGUGUCAUCUUCACGGGUUCACUGACCUUCGGGCCCGGGUAACCGUCGAUUGCGCGCUUCUGACGGCUGUCCUGCCGCGGCACCGGACCACCGUCAAGAUGUACUCCACGCUCAGAUCGCCGCCUGACGACCACGCGGGCCCUCCCGUUCUUGUGCCUCAUCACUUCCAAACGUUCUCGCGUAACGUACUGUUCCGCUGA